AUGGGAAAAAAUCUUCAAGUCCUACCACCUAGCGCAGGCUAUGGCAUCGUUAUCGGAAUCGGAGGCAUCUUUGCCCUCUUCAUGCUCAGCUUAACCUGGAUGCAGAAUCGGUAUACCCGGUUCUCAACAAACCAAGCUGAAGAAUUCAAUACGGCAUCGCGAUCCGUCAAGCCAGGACUUAUCAGUGCUGGCCUCGUGUCCUCGUGGACAUGGUCUGCAACGUUACUGACAAGUUCAACGUUCGCAUACGAGUAUGGUGUCUGUGGGCCGAUGUGGUAUGCCGCGACGGGGACAUUGCAAAUUCUCCUGUUCGGUCUGAUUGCGAUCAAGAUCAAGCUUAAUGCUCCUGGCGCGCACACAAUGCCGGAGAUUGUACUCGCCCGCCAUGGGACGAUUGCGCAUCUGACCUACCUGUAUUAUGGGCUUGCGACCAAUAUGCUUGUCGGUGCUUGUUUAGUUCUUGGGGGUGCGCAAGUAGUGGGAGCUCUGACCGGGAUGAGUGUCUAUGCAGCGAUAUUUUUAAUCCCGGCCGUGGUGGCUGCGUAUGUCAUCGCGGGUGGAUUGCGCUCUACCUUCAUUGCUGAUUAUACACAUACUGUGAUUUUGUUUGUGGCGAUUUUGGUUUUCGGGUUCUCGCUCAAUGCUACAAGUGAUCUGGUUGGUAGUCCGGGAAAGUUGUACGACCUUCUGCAAGAAGCGUCGAAGACUAUGCCGAUCGCGCGGAACACGGAUGGCUCUUAUCUGGCAUUUCGAUCGGUGGGGGGUCUCGUCUUUGCUUGCGAUCUUUUUGUCGCUGGGUUCACGACGGUGUGGCUUGAUCAAGCCUACUGGCAACGUGCCAUUGCGUCGAAACCGGAGACAUCGGUCAAGGCAUAUAUCUUAGGUGGUAUUGCAUGGUAUGGGAUUCCGUUUGGUUUUGCGACGGUCAUGGGCUUGGGAUGUGCAGCCCUGACAGGCGACCCACGUUUCCCCACUUACCCCAACCCGCUAUCCGCAACCCAAGUCGAGGCAGGGCUCUCUGCCCCUGCAACGGCGAUUGCACUUCUCGGCAAGGGUGGUGCUGUGCUGAUGCUCAUUUUGCUUUUCAUGGCAGUGACCAGCUCUACUUCUGCAGAACUCAUUGCGGUUUCGUCGCUGUUGACGUUUGAUGUUUACAAAACUUACUACCGACCCAAUACGAGUUCCGAAGAACUAGUCAGGGUCAGCCACUGGGCGAUCGCAUUCUAUGCAAUUAUUCUCGCUGCCUUUUGCUGCAUUCUCAAUGCCGUCGGGAUCAGUCUGACAUGGGUUCUGACAGUAUUAGGAGUCAUCGUCGGUGGUGCUGCUCUUCCUGUAGGCAUGAUCCUUUUAUGGGAGCCCAUGUCCACAGUAGCGGCCAUCGCUGCCCCAUGGAUCGCCUUUCUCUGUGGGAUCAUCUGUUGGUUUGUGACCGCUUGGAAGCGCAGUGGUGCUAUUAAUGUUGCAACAACAGGAGACACCACCAAUGCCGUGGCUGGAAAUCUUGCGUCGUUUGGAAUGGGAUUCGUAAUGGCUGUUGUCUUGACUUUUGUGUUCCCUAAGAAGCAAGUGCCUCAAAACGUGACUGUGGCUGCUAUUACUGGCAUUCCAGCAGAGCCUGCUAAUCAACAGCAAUAUUCAUCUCCUGCUCAAGACGCACAUGAAGAAGAAAAGAGCGACAUUGCCGUUUCUCCGAGUGCAAGUGAUGCUGUGGCGCCGACAAGGAAUGAACUCGUUGAUUACCUCAGCUCGAACAACAUUGAGCCCAUGGAUCCUAUUCUUGCGCGCAAAGGCGAAAAGAUUGCCUGGGUUGCUAAUGCGAUUUUCUUUUUUGGCGCCGUUGUUCUGGUUCCCUUUACACUUUUUGGCACAAGCUAUAUUUAUAGCAAGUCAUUUUUCACCGGCUGGGUCGUCGUCUCGGUCAUCUGGAUUUGGGUCAGUGUUAUAAUCUGUGUUGUUUAUCCUGUAGUCGAAAGUGCCGGCGCCUUGGGGGAUAUUUUGGGAGGGGUGGGGAGGGAUGUCAAGGCCCUAUUUGGAUAUCGCAAAGAGAAAACAAUAAGCCCUGUUCCAUGUUAG